CUCUAUAUUAAUAGAGACAUCGAAGUUAAGAGAGAUAAAACUAUGGAGAUUAAGGUCGAACCGAAAGCUAUGGAAAUUAAGGUCGAACCGAAAGCUAUGGAAAUUAAGGUCGAACCGAAAACUAUGGAGAUUAAGCUCGAACAGGAAGCUAUGGAGAUUAAGAUACAUCGAGACAUACCAGAGGCAACCGUGAAGAAAACGAAAGAAGAAGAGCAACCGCUUAGUCCGGCGGCGCGUGUGUUCCACGCACCGGCGUUCAAUUGUUAUGUAAUAACGGUGAUUGGUGUUAAGAAGAAGAUCGAGCCAGAUGUGGUUAUCGAAGGAUUAAAGCAAACUUUGAUCAGACACCCUCGUUUCUCCAGUAAAAUGGUCAACAAAACAAACAAAAAUAAACAAACACAAAGAUGGGUUCGGACAAACGUGGUCACCAAUAAUCAUGUCAUCGUACCAGACAUCCAAACGCAACACAUAGAGAACGCAAACGCAGACAAGUUUCUUGAUAGUUACGUCUCCGAUCUCACGCUGGUCCCUUUAGACACCUCGAAGCCAUUAUGGGAGCUUCACCUACUCGAUUUAAAAACAUCCGAUGCUGAAAACGUCGCCGUUUUGAAGUUUCAUCACUCUUUAGGAGAUGGUAUGUCUCUAAUGGCCCUUGUCCUCGCUUGCAUGCGUAAAACAUCGAACCUUAACGAGCUCCCGACUCUACCGUACCAAAACCGAACGUCAUCUGGAUCUUCACGGUUAACGGGAGGUUCAUGGAGAGGUUUCCGGUUCUUGUGGUUAUUUAUGGUUCUAUGGUCCACGAUUAUGUUGGUUUUAAAUACGAUUUGUGAUGCUUUGAGGUUCAUUGCUACGGCAAUGUUCCUUAAGGACACCAAAACACCAAUCAAAGGCGAUUACCGGCUAAGUAUGCCUACACGGAUGUCUUUGGUUCAUCUUACCGUAAGCUUAGACGACAUAAAGCUAAUCAAGACUAACAUGAAGAUGACUGUCAACGAUGUUGUAAUUGGAGUAACUCAGGCUGGUCUCUCGAAAUACUUAGAGAGAAGAUAUGGAGAAAAGAAGAAUGUAGUAGGAGACGAUCAAAAAUCUAAAAAGAAUUCAAAUGAAAUGCCUAAAAGAAUAAGGCUAAGAUCAGCUCUUCUUGUAAACUUAAGACCCACCACUGGAAUUCAGGAUCUAGCGGAUAUGAUGGAUAAAGGAUCUAAGUGUAGAUGGGGUAAUAUGAUCGGCUACAUUGUGUUUCCGUUUUCUAUCGGUUUACGAAAGGAUCCCUUAGAACAUCUUGGAACAGCCAAAAAGAUCAUCGACCGGAAGAAAAACUCGUUGGAAGCUGCACUAACAUUCAUCGUUGGUAAAUUAAUGAUUAAAGCGUUUGGUGUUAAGGUGACAGCUAAUCUAUUAAAUAGAAUGUUGUCAAACACAACGAUGUCCUUUUCAAACUUGAUUGGUCCCAUUGAAGAAAUUAGUUUCUUUGGACAUCCUAUCACUUACAUGGCCCCCAGUGUUUACGGCCACCCCCAUGCUUUGACGAUGCAUUUCCAAAGUUACAUGAACAAGAUGACGAUUUCGUUGACUGUAGAUCCAACGGUCAUAAGUAAUCCUCACCAGCUACUUGAUGACUGGGAGGAAUCUCUAAGAAACAUCAAAACUGCUGUCCAAGAAAGAAGCUCCACACAUCAGUAGAUUGAGUUAAAUCUUUUAUUCUUACUCGUUUCUGUACCAGUUACCAAAUCAUAAGUAUAUUGUAUUUUAUUCAAUAUCAGACAAACUUUUUUUAUAUGCUCAACUUUCGAUUAAAGUUUCUGAAUGUUAUUUGAAAGAUGGACCAAGUGUCUU